CCCGCUGUGCGUGACAACCAGACACGUCUCUGUUUGGUCAAUACAAACUUUAUUUUUCUUCUCUGUAAUAGCUCAGCUAUAAUUUACACUGUCCCCGUUUCUCUGUUUACACGUCUCAGCUGAUUUGUUCUACAGGUGCUGCAGGCGACUUGCACUCGAAAUGAAGUUCAUGCAGUUUACAACUUGCACUAAACAUUAUUCAGCUUCUGUCAGUGGACAACAGUGAAGGAUUUUUCUUUUUUGAACAUCUUGUGUGAUCUGAAGAGGAAACACCUGUUGCACCUGCCUGCCUGCCUGUUGACAGAAAACUGCUUCCAGCACUGAGCUUCUUGUCUGAACUUAUCAACUAUUACUGCGAUUAUACUAUUGAAAGCUUAAUAUGACAUUUUGACAACCAAAAAGGAAGUUCAUUCUGACCAACUUUGGGUUUCUGGACUGAAGAUGGAGCUGGGCGGUAAAGUAGCGAAGUGUCUGGCUCUGCUGUUUCUUGUUGCAGUAUGUGUGCAUGGUGACUUUGUCGAGCCCCCUGAGCCUGAAACCUCCCUGCGCUCCAUGGCAGAGAGUCAGACCAGGCUUCCCUGUCACUACCAGGUGGAGGAGGGGGAGAAGGUGGUGCAGGUCACCUGGUACAAGGAGCUGACUGAUGGCAUCAAGGAGCAGAUUAUCACCGCCCACUUCACGGACGGCCACACAGAGUUUGGGCGUUACUCCGGUCGAGUGAGGUUUGAGAGCAGCAGCCCCACCGAGAACUCGGCUCUGCUCAUCCCCAGCACAGAGGAGUCGGACGAGGGUAGCUACACCUGCCACAUCUCCACCUUCCCCAAUGGAAACUUUGAGAGGCACAUCACGCUCACCGUGUGGAUUUUACCCAUCUCCUCUCUGGAACAUGUGGAUCUGGUUGAGGGCCAGUCGUUCGGCCUGGCUGCCACCUGUCGCGCCGUGGGCCGCCCAUCUCCCCGUCUCUCCUGGGACACCGACCUGCCAGGUCAGUCCCAGAACCGCACCAACCAGGGCGGGUCUGUGUCCAGCUACUACCACCUCCACCCCCUGCGCAGCAUGAAUGGGAAGCGACUGGACUGUUUGGUGUGGCAUCCCGGCCUGAAGCAGCCACGUCGGAUCUCAAACCGCCUGGUGGUUCAAUAUCCCCCAGAUGCGACCAUCUCCGCCGCUACAGGAGACUGGUUUGUUGGUUUGGAAAAAGCCGAGCUGGUCUGCAACAGCGGAGGAUACCCCAAACCUCAGAACCUCACCUGGAAAUGGAAAGGGGGCGCUCUGCCGGAUGGGGUGUCUGUGGUUGGAGGAAAUCUCAUUUUCGGGCGGGCUCUCCGCUCGAAUGACAGCGGGGUCUAUGAGUGUGUGGUCAAGAACAACGUAGGAGUAGGGAGGACAGAGUAUAUGUUGGACGUAACAGAAGGAGGAAAUAAGAAGAUGGAUACUUGGGCUCAUGAGACAAAGACUGCUAAACAUAACGACAAGUCCACCAUUGACAACCUGUUACUGAUCAUUAUUGGUGCUUCGGCAGUAGCUUUAGUCAUGAUCUUGGUCAUCAUCGUCCUGCUGGUCAACCGCCAUCAUCGAAAAAGAAACAAAAAACUCGAGAUGGAGCUCAGUGAAAAAAAAGAGGAAAUUAACAGUUUCUCCAGACAAGCCUCCUUCAGGAGACUGAACUCUGUCAGCACAGACCCCAGAGCGCAGUCUGAGGAUUACACCCUGCUCAGAGUAGACAGCCGGAUGAAAAACAGCCAAACGUCUCUGGAGCAACCCAUCUACAAAGGCAGCCAGUCCACUCUGGGUGGGAAGUGGGGGCCUCCAGGUGGGGUCGAUGUGGACGAACUGGGACGGCCUGUCGUCUGGCACGACGGCAGAGAGAGCAUGAGAGGAACAGAGAUGGACGGAGAGAAGGAGGAGCGCAGGAGGAGGGUGGAGUCGUACCUGAAGAGCAGCAACAUGUCGCUGGACUCAGGUCUUCCUUCAUCCCUGGUUCCCCUGAAGGUCCAGCAGGACGACGGCGUCGGACCCAGAGAGCCAGACCUGGGCCACCUCAGACAGGGAGACUCCCCACGUGAAGAGAACUGGAGUCCCACCCAGUCGGUACCGGAGGGACAUGAGGAUGACGACGUCGACAGCAGCUCCUACCAGAUCUCAGAGGCGCUCAACAAUCAUUUCUACUACAGCAACGGCGUCCUCAGGCCCAGGCCACACUCCAACGCUAUUCUGCUGCACCCCAGAGCCCAGAUCAUCUAGACCGCAGACAGGACAGUCUGCAUUCCUGAACUGAAAACCUUAUUCUUUGUGAUCCCUUAUUUGUUUUUUAUAUAUUGCCUACAGGAUAAUUAGCAGAAAGGACUAUCCAAAUGUUGAGAAUGUGAAUAUUUUAUGCCUCUUGGUUUUUAAAAAAAUACAUAUAAAAAUAAAAAAAUUGGGGGCGUUUUAUGCCUUUAUUAGAUAGUUGACAGUGGAGGAAUGACUGGAGAGAUAGAAAUAAGGGGAAGAAAGGGAUGGGGAACGACAUGCAACACACAUUUGGGAAGUUUUUGAUCCUACUUAUUUUGAAGAUCCGCUCUUGGAGAAUGAAGUGACUGGCGAGUUUUGCCUUUCACUUGCUAACAUUUGUAAUUUAAAUGAAAAACUCUCCUUGUACGUAUAAGGAAUCAAAGUUCCUGUUACACAAUGUUUACUGUUUUAUCUGAAGCGCUGAAAUGUCACAUCCUCUAAGCAAGAGUUCCAAUGAAUCCUGACUGUCAACUUAAGGUUGUUUACAUCAAAAACAUAAAAAGAGGACGAUAUGGACGAAGACACAGUUUCUGAGCUCUGAGGUCAGCGGUGGGUUAAGAUUAAACUGUACUCGAAGCCUUGAUAUUUGCAGCUUCAAUGGACCUGUGCAUGAACAGUUGGUGUGUAUUUGUGUAUGUAUGUAUUAUAUGUAUAUGGGGGAGAUAUCAGAUAGAUAAGAGCCAAUGUAUUUUUAUGAUCGUGUCAUUAACAGCUACCUGCAACUACAACAAAAAAUUUGUUACUCACUAAAUGCUGUUACUGUGAGGACCUGAACACACACACAUGGACAAAUAUUUUAAACAGGUGGAUGUGACCAGACUUAUGUCUGUCUACGCUAACAGUGCCAACAAAGCAAUGAAGAGACUGGAUGCAGAAGAUGAACUGUAAAUACCUUCUGUGUUAACGCACUGUCAGCUGAUGACAAGUACUAUGUAAAUUGUUUUAUAUUCAUUCAGUGUUUUUUUUUUUUUUUUGUAAUGAAACUG